AUGGCUGUUGAUGAUCAAACUCUUUCACCUGGAGUAGUGGACGACACUGCAUCCAGUGUUCAAACCCCACCUCAGAUCACUCUCACUCAUGACUCUUCACAUCCAUUUUACCUUCAUCCCUUUGAUUCCCCGGGGAUGAUUCUUGUCAAUUCUAUUUUUGAUGGAAGGAGCUAUGGAGGAUGGCGCGGGGCUGUUCUCAUAGCUCUAUCAGCUAAGAACAAAUUGGGGUUCAUAGAUGGAACCAUAUCAGUCCCUGUGGCAUCUGCAGCUUCCCUCAAACUUUGGAGUCGUUGUAAUGACAUGGUGAUAUCAUGGCUUCUCAACUCACUUUCCAAGGAAAUUGCUGAAAGUGUCCUCUACUCCAAAACAACAAGAGAGAUUUGGAAGGAGCUUGAGGACAGAUUUGGGCAAAGCAAUGGAGCUUUGCUUUAUCAGCUGCAAAAGGAGCUCAAUGACACAGUUCAAGGAUGUUCAGACAUAGCUGGUUAUAAUACAAAAGUGAAAAGAAUCUGGGAUGAGCUUGACAGCUUAGAUACUUGUGUUCACUGUAGUUGUGAUUGCUCUUGUGGAGGGAAGAGUAGAUCUCUGAAAUCUCAUCAAGAUGGCAGACUCAUCCAGUUCCUCAUGGGGCUGAAUGAGGCCUACUCAGGUGUAAAAAGCAAUAUUCUGAUGGCUUCACCUCCGCGCAGCAUCAAUCAUGCUUACUCCCUAUUAAUUCAAGAUGAAAAAUAA